UGUUGAAAUUAGUUGUGCUGGGGAAUUCCCACCCCUGGGUAUUCUGCCCAAUUUCCUCUUUUUGGGUCCUGAAGCGCUUAUAAAUACCCUCUCUGAGAGCACAGGAGAUAAGCUUCAUCUCCUCCUGGCUUUGCCUUUCUGGAGUGGUCCGUGUCACACUUGGACAGGGAACCAUGAGACUCUGUAUCUGCUUUGUGUUGCUCUCUGUUAUUGUGUGUGCAAGUGCUGACAACCCAUUCACACGUGGCGGAAAAUUUGUCGCGGAUGCAGCUGGAGGAGCAUGGGAUAUGUUCAGAGCAUACCGGGACAUGCGCGAGGCAAACUUUAAAGGUGCUGACAAAUAUUUCCAUGCUCGUGGCAAUUAUGAUGCUGCACGAAGAGGACCUGGUGGUGCUUGGGCAGCCAGAAUGAUCAGUGAUGCCCGGGAAAACUGGCAAGGCGGCGUGAGCGGCAGAGGCGCAGAAGACACCCGUGCCGACCAAGAGGCGAACGCGUGGGGCCGAAACGGCGGGGACCCCAACCGCUACAGACCCGCGGGCCUUCCCAGCAAAUACUAACGCGCGGUGUGCCCCUUCCCCCUCCCUCACGCACCCCCAAUAAAGAAACCGCCUUAUUUCC